AUUUUUGCUUGUUGAUUUUGGAUCUCGAAGAAAAUAAGCCAAAAAAUUUAACAUGGGAGGAUGAUCACGUGCUGUAGAGUGGGAGCGAGGCGACGAAACGCACGGACAAAAUGAUUUAGCUUAUGAAAAAAAUCCCACUGGGUUUUUGGGAAUUUUAUCUUUUCCCUCCCCGCCAUCAAACUUCCAAAACUUCUUUUUUGUUUUUCAUCAAUACCCUCUUCUUUGAAGUUUUUUCCCCCUCAUACAUCCUUCCUUCAACCUAACACAUUCUUCAAAAUGGCUGACGAAGUUUACGAGGGUGCCAUUGGUAUCGAUCUUGGUAAGAGAACAAUUUUUGAAUUUUUGAAAGACUCGUUGAUGAGGGGCAUACUUUUCUUUUCUCUUUGUCAACACCUUGAAAUCUUUCGCAAUUCUUCCUCAAUAUCAAUAACGAAUGCUAAUUCAUUCUACCACCAACAGGUACCACAUACUCGUGUGUUGCCAACUACGAGGGAACCAAUGUCGAGAUCAGUACGUAUUCCCCUUCUUCUGGGCAUCUGAUGUCGCAAAUCGGACUUCGACUUUCGAAAUAUUAUACUGAUAGAUUUCAUCAGUUGCCAACGAGCAAGGUAGCUUCACCACCCCAUCUUUCGUUUCCUUCACCGACAAGGAGCGUUUGAUUGGUGAGUCUGCAAAGAACAAUGCUGCAAUGAACCCAAAGAACACCAUCUUCGAUAUCAAGUCAGUAUGACGAAUUUCGCGACGACAACAAGGUGCUAAUGGAUGCGCAGGCGUUUGAUCGGAAGAAGAUUCGAUGACCCCCACACCACCAAGGUAUUUAAUUGAUUCUUCAUCACAAUUCCCAAUGUUCGAAAUUGUUUGGACAUUCCGACAUGAAUUCUAUCUCUUUUCCAGAUAGCCUCUAUCAUGAGCAAUCACUAACAUGCAUCUUAGGAUAUCCAAUCAUGGCCUUUCACUGUCAUUGAUCAAGAUGGAUCCCCAUUCGUCCAAGUUGAGUAUCUUGGAGAGGAGAAGAUCUUCUCCCCACAAGAGAUCUCAUCCAUGGUUUUGACCAAGGCAAGUUUUUUUCACCCCACCCCUCGCUAACCGAUGUGCUGACAAUAUUUGAACAACAGAUGAAGGAAAUUGCCGAAGUUAAAUUGGGCAAGAAGGUCUCAAAGGCCGUCAUCACUGUCCCAGCUUACUUCAACGACAACCAACGUCAAGCUACCAAGGAUGCUGGUGCCAUUGCCGGUCUUAACGUUCUCCGUAUCAUCAACGAGCCUACCGCUGCUGCCAUUGCUUACGGUCUUGGCGCUGGAAAGUCCAACAAGGAGCGCAACGUUCUCAUCUACGAUCUCGGUGGUGGAACUUUCGAUGUUUCCCUCCUCAACAUCCAAGGUGGUGUCUUCACUGUUAAGGCUACCGCCGGUGACACCCAUUUGGGAGGUCAAGAUUUCGAUACCAACUUGCUUGAGCACUUCAAGAAGGAGUUCACCAGAAAGACCAAGAAGGACAUGUCCAACGACCCCCGUGCCCUCCGUCGUCUCAGAACUGCUUGCGAACGUGCCAAGAGAACCCUCUCCAACGGUGCUUCCACCAACGUUGAGAUUGACUCCUUGUUCGAUGGUGAGGACUUCAACGCUCAAAUCACCCGUGCCAGAUUCGAGGACCUUAACUCCAAGGCCUUCAGCGGUACUUUGGAGCCUGUUGCUCAGGUUCUCAAGGAUGCCAACAUUGACAAGAGCAAGGUUGACGAGAUCGUCCUUGUCGGUGGUUCUACCCGUAUCCCAAGAAUUCAAAAGCUCUUGAGCGAAUUCUUUGACGGAAAGAAGUUGGAGAAGAGCAUCAACCCUGAUGAGGCCGUCGCUUACGGUGCCGCUGUUCAAGCCGGUAUCCUUUCAGGAAAGGCUACCUCUGCCGAGACCGCUGACCUCCUCCUUUUGGAUGUCGUUCCUCUUUCUCUCGGUGUUGCCAUGGAGGGUAACAUCUUCGCCCCUGUUGUUACCAGAGGUCAAACUGUCCCAGUACGUAAACAAUCACAAGUCUUGCUGUCUUUCACACAGUUCUGUUCCCACACUACAAGCUCCACUUUACUCGCUACUAGACUUCAAGCCCCAAUUUUUCUUCCUCGAUCAAAUAGUUCCUAUUUUCCAAUACCACCUUUCUCCCUCGUUUCACUCAAGAAUAGCAAUACUGACUCGGUGAUUUCAAUAGACUAUCAAGAAGAGAACGUUCACCACUGUCUCUGACAACCAACAGACCGUUCAAUUCCCAGUCUUCCAAGGUGAGCGUGUCAACUGUGAGGAUAAUACCUCCCUCGGAGAGUUCACCCUUGCCCCAAUUCCUCCAAUGAAGGCAGGUGAAGCCGUUCUCGAGGUUGUCUUCGAGGUCGAUGUCAACGGUAUCUUGAAGGUUACCGCUACUGAGAAGACCUCCGGACGUAGUGCCAACAUCACAAUCUCCAACUCUGUUGGUAAACUCUCAUCUUCCGAGAUUGAGAAGAUGGUUGCAGAUGCUGCUGAGUUCAAGAACAGUGAUGAUGCUUUCAGCAAGAGAUUCGAGUCCAAACAACAACUCGAGUCAUACAUUUCAAGGGUUGAGGAAAUUAUCUCUGACCCAACUAUGUCCAUCAAGUUCAAGCGUGGUAACAAGGAGAAGAUUGAGUCUGCUUUGAGCGAUGCUAUGGCUCAACUCGAGAUUGAGGAUUCUACUUCUGAUGAUUUGAAGAAGAAGGAGCUCGCAUUGAAGAGAGCUGUUACCAAGGCCAUGUCCACUCGUUAAGCAGGACUUGAGUUGUUAUGUGGCGGGGAGGAACAAGGGAAGAGGUUAUUGAUGCAUAUGAGUUCAUGACAUGGAUGAUAUGAACUGGACCGUCUGGUUACUGGCUCAUUGGGUUUAUAAAAAGUCACUAUCCGGUAUUUGCAUGGUUUCUAUCUGGCUAUUUUAUGGUCCUCACAUUUCUUUUCGUUUGUCUACGGGCAUAAAAAGAUCGUCUGUAGAACAAGGGUUGUUAAUAAGAAAAAAAAUUCACAAAUUGAUUAA